AUGCCUUAUUCAACUAUCACUAUAAAUACCCCACCUCCUUAUUUGACACUGAGCAGUUCAGAGCACUUGCCAACUGUGCUAACUGUUGCUGGUAGUGAUUCCAGUGGUGGUGCUGGUAUCGAGGCUGAUAUCAAGACAAUUACCGCUCAUAGAUGCUACGCCCAGACAUGUAUCACAGCAUUGACUGUCCAGACUCCUGUGUCUGUGUUCGAUGUUCAAUUGACCCCGAAGAAGAUCGUCAGUGGGAUUCUUGAAGCUAAUCUUAGAGAUAUGAAAUGUGACGUUAUCAAGACUGGAAUGCUUACAAUGGAUGCUAUUGCUGCGCUAAAUGAUAGAAUAACUGCUAUACCUGUCUCAGAAAGACCUUUAUUGGUUGUCGAUCCAGUCCUGGUAGCCACAUCGGGAUCUCCAUUAGCCGGUGAUGAGCUAGUUGCUGAGAUCAAAGAAAAAAUUACCCCCUUUGCAACUAUUUUGACACCAAACAUUCCAGAGUCAUUUAAAUUGAUUGGUGAAGAACGUGCCAUUGACUCAUUAGAUACAUUAUACAAACUUGCUAUGGAUGUUAGAGAAGCUUGUAACUGUUCUAACGUCUUGAUAAAAGGUGGCCAUAUUCCUUGGAGUGGACAACUUGAAGGAGAUAAUCAACGUUAUAUUACAGACGUAUUACUACUUGGUGAUUCUGAUAAAUUCAUCGUUUAUAAAGGCCAUUAUUCUGAGACAACACAUACACAUGGCACCGGUUGCACCUUAGGGUCUGCCAUUGCAUCAAAUUUAGCCCGUGGCUAUUCAUUGGCCCAAGCUGUCUAUGGGGGUAUUGAAUAUGUCCAGAAUGCAGUUUCUGUAGGUUGCGAAGUCACUAAAGAUUCGGUUAAAGAAAAUGGUCCAAUCAACCAUGUCUAUGCUGUUGAGAUUCCAUUAGAAAAAAUGCUAACAGACGAAUGUUUCAGUGCCACAGAAGUCAUUCCACCCAAACCAAAUAGUGUGAUUCCGAAGGAAAUGCCAUUGAUGAAAAAAAGUUUCUCUCAAUAUUUACAAAACCAUCCAAAAGUUAAACCGCAUUGGGAUUCUUAUAUUAAACACGAUUUUGUUAGACAGAUUGCCGAUGGGACAUUAGCCAAGGAAAAAUUUCAAUAUUUUGUUGAACAAGAUUACUCCUAUUUGGUCGAUUAUGGUAGAGUUCAUUGUAUUGUUGCUUCGAAGAUCCCUACGUUGGAUGAUAUGGAGAAGGAGUUGAUGAUGGUUGCUGGUGUUAGAACAGAAAUGGAUAACCACAAAAAGAGACUAAGGGAAGAAUUUGGAGUCAAGGAUGAUUCAUAUUUUGAACAAAUCACUAAGGGUCCUGCUUUGAAGGCAUACUCACGAUAUUUUAACGAUGUUGCCUUGAGAGGUAACUGGCAAGAGUUAAUCGCCGCUUUGACUCCAUGUCUGAUGGGCUACGGUUAUGCGUUGUAUCAUGUUGAAGAUAAUAUUACUACUACUGAUCCGGUAUAUUUGGAUUGGCUUGCAGUUUAUUCCUCUAAGGAAUAUCGUCACCACAUUGCUGAAGGUGAAAGAUUGAUGCAACAUGUAUUACAGACAUAUCCAUUAGAGAGCCUCGAUACUCUGAUAAAUAUAUAUGCGGAUGUUUGUGAACUUGAGACGAAGUUUUGGGAUGCAGCAUUAAAUUAUACAAAAAACUAA